AUGGCGGACCAAUGGACAAUCAAAGUCAAGAUUGUCGGCAUGGACAACGAUGCCAUCAACAGCAAGAAAGGCACUAAGUGGAAAGUUGGAGAUGACCUGACUCUUCAGAUUGAGGGUCAUGCGACGGUCAACAUGCUAAAGCAGCGCGUUGCGCUCAUUGUCAUGGCGCACCCGAAGUUCCAGUCGUUGUCCUUCAAAGGCAGCGAGCCACUGGAGGAAACCACGAAACUACAAGACGUGGAGGGCUUCGGGAACGGCCAGACCAUGGAGCUGACGGUGGCAGUGCCUCCAGAGCCGGAGGCACCUCCGGUGGUGCUGUCAGAUGAUGAAGGCUUGGUUACUGCAGAGGAGGAGCCGCUGCCUCCGAUGCCCUCCGCCGAACUCCUUAGCAAGGAGCUGAAUGAUGAUGAGGCUGACAAGCAAGGUGAGCUGAAAAGCAAGGCAGCAGAUGCCUUAGAGGACGGGGACCUCGGGACCGCCGUGGAGAAGUUUACAGAGGCCAUGAUGCUGGGAGGCGUCUCGGCUAUGAUGCUGGCGAAGCGGGCAGACAUGCUGUUGAAGCAGAAGCGCUACAAGGCCGUCGUGGCCGAUGCCACCAAAGCCUUGGAGCUCAACCCGGACAGCGCCAAGGCCUACCGAGCGCGGGGCAAGGCUCGGCGCUUCCUGGGGGAGUAUGCUCCGAGCUCCGCAGACUUUGCGGAGGCGCAGAAGAUUGAUUACGACGAUGGCGUGGUUGACAUCCACAAGUACGUACAGACUCGCGUGGAGAAGAUCAGGCUGAAGGCCUUGCAGGAUGCAAAGAAGGCCGAGUCGGAGGCAGCGGGCGCAUGA